UGAAAUCGUAAGCAUUGCUUGCAUUUUUAUCGCUCAUGAAAAAUCGCCAUAAAAUGGCCGCAACCGAAGAGAAAUUUUUUUACGCGUUUAUUAAGAUUUCGAUUAAUCGUCAUAAAAUUCCUUUGCUCUCAUCGAUUACAAGAUGCAAAAUUAUAUUUUAAAUUUAAAGAAAAGAAUACACUUCUAUCGUAAUAAUGAAAUGUCGACAGCCAUUUUUAAGUUUCGACUAAAUUGGACAAUAACUGCGAUGUUUUUAGAAAUGUCAUUUACAUGAUUGUUUAUCCGCCAUUUUGUUUUACUGCCGUACGCGCAGUUUUUAGUGGCAUUGUGGCUUGCUUUAAUAUGAAUUUAUGUCAUUGAACUUGAUCGAAUUGGGUUUUGCGCCCUUAUAUUUACAAAUCUUGCAAAAAAACGUGCUCUCUGAAUAAUGUGAAAAUCAUAUUAUUGGGGCGAUACCAUAAUGACAAUCCGUGAGAAGGUGCCCCGUCUUUUGACCCAGCUUUCCUGACUUUUGAGGCCAAAUGGCGAUUACCAAAUAAAACGGAUGAUUUUCGCCCCAUUUGUCAAAAUGUCAGGGCAGAGUGGUGGACAUAAAUUACGUUUGUCCAAACUUAACGAACAACUAACAUGUAAAUUAUGCGGUGGUUACUUCAUUGAUGCUACCACCAUUAUUGAAUGCUUGCACUCGUUUUGUAGAAGUUGCAUAGUAAAAUAUUUGGAGAAUAACAAAUAUUGUCCAAUUUGCGAAGUGCAGGUCCAUAAAAGUAAACCUUUGUUGAAUAUUAGACCAGAUUACACAUUGCAGGAUAUUGUUUAUAAGCUUGUACCCGGUUGCUAUCAAAACGAAAUGCGAUGUAGAAGAGAAUUUUAUUCGAAGCAUACAGAAGAACGAAGUCAAGUACUGUCUCCUGAAGCACGCGGAGAACCUAUAGAAUCACACAUAUAUUCACCGGAUGAAUCUCUCAGUCUUUCAUUACAAUAUUUUAAUCCACAGUCAAAAGAUACUAGUGAUGCAAAUAUAACCAAGGAAGCAGUUGCAAAGUUGUUACCACGUAGAUAUCUUCGUUGUCCAGCUGCAGUAACAGUAUUUCAUUUACAGAAAUUAAUCAGGGCUAAGUACGGACUCCGUGAUGCACAUAGAGUCGAUAUAAUGUAUAAAGAGGAACCAUUGAAUGGAAGUUAUACAUUAAUGGAUGUCAUGUAUAUUUAUCAUUGGAGGCGGAAAGUGCCAUUACAUCUAAGUUACAGAAUAUUUGAAUCUUCUCCAAAACGAAUAAAAUUAUCAGAGGAUAACAUUAACUAUAAAAAGUCGCUUAUUAACACUGGAAUAGAUUAUAUAGAAGCAGAAAAUCAACAAUUGAAUCGUGAAUGGAAAGAAGUUCAAUUAAAAAUAUCUGAAGCAGGUGUGAUGAGUAUUACUGAUAUAUCGAAUCCAGGGUUAAAGAGAAGUACAAGAAUAGAAGAAGUGAGAGAUCAAGUAGGCCUGGAAGGGAUUAUAUCGACUGUUGAAACUACACAUAAAACUGAAACAUUGUUGACAAAUUUAACUUGUAAUAAAACUAUCGAAGAUACAACGCAGGCUAUGCUAGAAAGCGACAUGCAUGUUAUAAAAAGUUCUAAUAUUUUUUUGAAUUUGAAAAACUCUCCAUCUACUGCAGCAAGUGACCUUAUUUCUGAAACAGAUUCGACAAGUUCUUUAAAUGCUGCUUGUGCUCCCAUUCAUAAUUCGCAAAGGGUAAACCCCGAGAUGAAGACCCUUAAACAUACACAAGACAUUAGUACAACUGUAAAAACUGUACAAGAAACGGAUGAUGCUACAUUGAAUAAUAACAUACAUACUUCACCUUCGCAUGCAGAAAAAAGUCCAGUGCAUGUUCAUAAAACAUCAAAUCCAGUAGAGGAAAGCAAAAACGAAACAGACCAUAUUAAUACUGUAAAUGUAGAAAGUAAAGAAUUGCCAGUAAUUAAUAUCAAUAAUAAUAUUAGUACAGGCACAAGUGAGAAGUUUCAUAUGAAAAGUGAUGUAAAAACAGUAAACACAGGAUCAAAGAUCGAUGCACUAAGUGCGAAAUUACAGUUUCAACCAAAAGUAAGUCAUAUUAAUAAUACAUAUUCAAAGAAAGAGAAAAAAGAAAAGAAGGUGUAUUCGCAUAGUGACAAAAAAUUAGAUACAAAACAAUCAGAACAAAUACCAUCUAUGGACAUGAAGAAUUUGCUGGAUAAUCAUAAUACAAAAACACGAACAAAUACUACAAUAUCUGUAUCGAAAGUGACAACUUCGCAAAGUACAAUAGUGCAACAAAAUCAAACUGGGUCCUCAACGGCACAACAUACAAAUUCAUUAAUUUCCUCUUCUGCAAUUGCAGUUUCUAAUGUGCAAGAAACAUCUGAGAAAAAUACGUCGACACAGUGUAGUCAAAAUGCAGCAGUCACUGUACAACAAGCUUUAAGUUUACUCGACCAAAGGAUAAAUACUUCAGAACGGUCUUCCAUAGAGUCUACUGUAGAAGUAAGUCAACUAACAAACGCGAAUGCGAAUGUGAAAGUACAACAAGUACAGAAUAACAACAACACGUUAUUAAAUGAAAGCCCUACAUGUCUUAAUCAUAAUAUAACAACACCCGCAACGAGUCAAACAACUUUAACGUUUCCAUAUACAGUCCAGGAUAUAGUGAAUACUACGAUUUUAAAAAGUCCACAAAAGAGCUCUAAUGCUUGUUCCACUCAAAAACUAACGUCUUUACCUGUAAGUAGCGAAAGUAUGAAUAUUUCUUGCACACCAUCAGAUAAUCAACUAUGUUCCAUACCGCAUAUAAGUAUGCAAGCUCCAUCUAUGAGUAUUUAUUCUAUAUCCACUACAUUAAAAAACAGCUAUUCUAAUGUCACUCAAAGUACAACAACAACAACAAUGGCAAGACAAGAAUUAUCCAAACCUAAUUUUGAAAUAAGUGGGGUUUAUUCAGUGCCACCUUGUCCGGAUGCUAUACCAAUAUCGCUGAUGAAACCAUUUGUACGUAAGCAUGAAGUAAUAGCAAAGGGCACAAACUUAAACGAAAUUUGCGCUAAGAUUGGUACAUCAGGUUCUAAGAUAAAUGAUAUUUGUGCAAAAAUUGGAGAGAAUUCCAAAGAAAAAAAUAAGGCUGAAGGGCGUAAUAAAUCAGAUAUUCCAGAUUUACUUAAAAUAGCAAAGAAAGGAACGGCAAUUGUUCCAGAAUCAACGGUUAAACACAUACCAAAUAUUCCUAAUGUACCAAUAUUUAGCCCUAAUACUAAUAUACCCACAGAAAGUAAGAAUACUCAUACCACUGUUAAAGACAAUACUAAUACGGCUCCAAUAACAUCGACAUCUACAUCAGUGCCAAUAUCCCAUGGAUCACAAAAGAUUUCUUCUCUUAAGAAACAAAAUCAAUCGGCUGGAUAUAAAACGUUACGUGAUCCACCAAAAUCUUGGAAUCCUACAUUAUCAAAAAAUAAUUAUGUUGCGGUUAAAAAUCAGACAAAAGAAAUGCAAAGUACACAAAGUGCUGUUUCCGAAGGAACAAGUAAACACAUUCCAUCCAAGCCUGCAAAAAUUUUUAAAAUGAAAAAUAUGCCGCGAUAUUUAGGUAAUCCAGCAUCAGGUGUAAAACCGAUGUAUGGCAUUACAAACGAGACAAAAGAGAAAGAACAGACAAGCUCAAAAGGCACUAGUUUAAAUAUGAUGAAAAUUGAUCCCAAAACAUUAUCACCAAUUGUUUCAACCUCCAAUUCUCCCAUUGUCUCUCCACCACCUUAUUCACCUAAUGCACGUAGUUAUCAGAAUACUCCAUUUUCAAGAGAGAUGUGUAGGAAUACAAAUUCACCUAUAUCACCAAGAAAUUCACCAGUUAAUAUGCUUUCAACUAAUCCAUUUAUACCAUCCCCUACACCAAAUACAAAUCCAAGGUUAAUAUAUUCACAUUUUCCUCCACCUUUUCCUGAUGCAAGCGGAUUUCCAAAUCCAUUGAUAAGAUCACCUAUUGGCAUUCCUCCUCCUAGUGCUUUUCACAGUAGUUUACCGCCUACUAUAAAUAAGCUUUAUCAGCGUACAAGUUAUAUACCACAAACAACUGGUUAUUCACCUGUGUCACAACCUCCAACAGUGCAAAGAAUUCCUCCGAGUACGCACUCGUCAUCACCAAAGUCACCAAAAACCUCUUCCCCCAGUAUCAUAUCGACUUCCUUUAAUCCAAGCAAAACUGAAAAUACGCAAACGUCUGUGACCACAUCAGCAGACAAUGUUACAGUGCUUUUUCCUAAGGGUGUAACGCAACAAGACCACAAUGCCUUUAAUUUAUCUAAAAGUGGAACUUCAAGAAACAGUUCUUCUAAUUCCACAAAAACGUGUGGAGUGGAUGGAUUAGAUUCACAGAAUUCUAAACAAAAUUCUACAGUGACAUCUAGUUGCACCUCAUUAACAACACAAAGUAAACAGAAUAUUCUGAAUAGUGUUACAAAAGUUAAAUCUCAACAGAUAUCAGAAAUAAGAAACAUAAGUGAUUCUAUUGAACAAAAGCAUCAAGAUAGUAAUAAUCAGAUGGAUGUGACUCUAAACCAGAAAGAAAGUAUUCACUAUCCAAACGUGGACUGUAGAAAUAAUACCGAUGCAACUGAUAUACACAAGCAAAUGGAAAAACAAGAAACAAUUGUAAAGGUUAAUGGUGAUAUUACAGUUGAUCAUUUUGAUAAUGCAAAUAAAAUUAAUGAACACAUGAUAGACAGUAAGAAGAUAAAGGAAUCUACUAAUCAGACUGAAGCAAAUGUACCUAAAGAAGAAAAUGAUACAACUAAGUGCGUUUCUCAAGGUAAUGUAUCUACUGAGAAAACUAAAAAAAUAGAAAAUAAUGAAUCAAAGACCGAUGAUGUUGGAAAAGUAAAUGAACAAGUUCAAACAAACAAUUCAGAUGUGCAAAAAAAUAAAGUUGAGUCAUAAGGAUAA